AAGGAAAGAUUUAGAGAGGAGAGCAAUCACUCUAAAAGCUCUGGAUGGAUCCCAGCACACGGCAUGCUGGCUGAAUCCAGGUAUGACCGAUUUCGCAACGACUCCAUAACUUCGGCAGAGGAGCAACUAGCACUGUCAGCCGAGGCCAUGAGUGGACAGGUGGCCCCUAGUUCUCCGACAGGAGCAUCUGCCUUAGGCCAGCCUUUUGCAGAGCCGCAGUACCCAGAGGAGCAGGAUGUGGCUACCACCUUCUGUAUGAUGAUACCCAGGAUGGGACAAUGGAAAUUCUCCAGCCCCACUGCCUUCCUGAGUCGUUCCCCCUCUGGAGGCAAUAAGGAACUGACCGUUGACAAGUCUGGGACAGGAGGGGGAUUAGGAUCAGUGUUUGGAGCCUGUGACCCUGUAUGCUCCACACCUUGUACUCUGCAGGUGAUAAACCGGUUGCGAGGGGGUGGUAGUGGGGGAGCGCGAAAAUCUGCACGGACAGAAGCAUAUAAAGUCCAAGGGGAGGAAUGGAACCGUAAAGGGACAUUUAUUAACAAACCAGCUCAAGGCUGGCUGCACCCUGACGACCGACUGCAAGGCCCUGGCGUUUCCUAUAUUGUAAGGUACAUGGGCUGCAUUGAAGUUUUGCGAUCCAUGAGGUCUCUGGAUUUCAACACACGGACCCAGGUGACAAGGGAGGCAAUCAACAGACUGUACGAGACUGUUCCUGGUGUUAGAGGAACAUGGAAGAAAAAGGCUCCCAAUAAAUCCUUGGCAUCCAUCUUGGGCCGGAGUAAUCUUCGCUUUGCUGGAAUAAGUAUUGCUGUAAAUAUAUCUACUGAAGGACUGAAUCUAAGUAUUCCGACAUCCCGGCAGGUAAUUGCCAAUCACCAUAUGCAGGCCAUAUCGUUUGCCUCUGGUGGAGAUGCAGACACAACAGAUUAUGUGGCAUAUGUGGCUAAGGACCCUAUAAAUCAGCGAGCCUGUCACAUUCUGGAGUGUUGUGAGGGGCUGGCUCAGAGUGUGAUCAGCACUGUAGGACAAGCCUUUGAGUUGAGGUUCAAACAGUUCCUGCACAGUCCCCCAAAAGUGGCAGCACCCCCAGACAGGUUGCUUGUGGGGACAGAGGAGCCAGCAUGGGGUGGAGAAGAAGAGCAAGAACAUAAUUAUUACAACAGCAUCCCUGGCAAAGAACCCCCACUGGGGGGGCUGCAAGACAGUCGAAUAAGGGAAGCAGGAGCCACUGGACAGCUUAGCACCCAAAUCAAUAUAAAUGGGCAGUGGUCCCAGGUUGGAUCUCCAGCUAGAAAGCCUGCUGUAUCACAUUCUUGUUCACAGUGGGACCUUGAGGACCAAGCACAGGCCAGCGAAGGGUUUCCACUGACUAAUGGUCGGGCCUUUGGUGUACGCGAUUAUGAAGAACACAUGUAUGUAAAUACACAGAACCUUGAUGGUCUUGUUGCUGACAAGGAACCAUACAUGAUUCCAGAGGAUAGUCCCAAGAAGGAUCUCUUUGACAUGAGACCAUUUGAAGAUGCUCUAAAGCUGCAUGAGUCUUCUUUAUCAGCAUCUCAAAGUUUAGAAGAUCAGUGGCCAAGCCCCCCAACCAGAAGAGCGCCGGUGGCUCCCACAGAGGAACAGCUGAGAGGGGAACCAUGGUACCAAGGGAAGAUGAGCAGAAGGGAGGCUGAAAAGUUGCUACAGCGAGAUGGAGAUUUCCUAGUGCGUGAUAGCAUAACAAACCCUGGGCAGUAUGUCCUGACGGGUAUGCACAAAGGGCAACCCAAACAUCUUCUCUUGGUGGAUCCAGAGGGCGUGGUAAGGACAAAAGAUGUGUUAUUUGAAAGCAUCAGUCACCUGAUCUCCUAUCAUUUGCACAAUCAGCAACCGAUUUUAGCAGCUGAGAGUGAACUGCACUUAAGGCAGGUUGUGCCACGUAAAGUGGCAUCAAAAGAAGGUGGGAUAAUCGCAUGAAUACCAUCCAAAUAUGGGAUAUUCUCCAUUGAUUCUGCCAUUGAUUCUUCAUGAAACUUUGGGGAUGCAACCCCCCCCCCAAAAAAACACAGUUCAUCCCUCCAAAACCCAGGGUUAGACCAAUGGCAGAGUGGAACCUACAAUAAGAUAAAAAAGAGUGGAGCUGCCCCAGAGACUUUGAUGGAAGGAGACUGAAAUGGAUCCCACUCUCCCACCUGGCCUAGGAGAUCCUUAUUCCUACUACAGCUCCCUUACUCUAUUUCACCACAAGGGGGUGUCAAUUAGCUUGCAGGACAAGUUACAGUGACCCGAGACUGGGAUCAACCAUUUAUUGAUUUAUUUUGUUUAUGAAGACUGCUUUAACUUCCUCUCUAGCCAAUGGACUGACAAUGUAUUGCAGACCAACUUUGCAGAAGUAGGGUUAAAUGUAAAAUACAAGACGUAACUUAGAUUUACUCAGUAUAAUGCAUAAACGCUCUUUUAAGCAUUGUCUGUACAUGAAGUUUAAGUUCUGCGUGUUCUAUUUUGGUUAUUAAAGAGGAGCCUCUCGAGUGGUGCAUUGUUUUAAGAAUAUGAAGGCAUAGGAUAUGAUUCAGUGAAUCCACUUCUAUUUUGUGAUCUGUUAUGAGACUAUGGUUUCUUUUUUCUCAUCCUUUCUUUUUAUAAAUGCUGUCUGCCACAGAAA